UAGCGUGAAAGCUGAAACUGAGUAGGCCUAGUAGUAGCUGGUCGUUCUAAUCAAUUUACUAUUGCAUAAUUUAUACACUAUUUCUUUAGUGGAUAAGCUUCUUUUCUUUUUUUUUUUGCCCCAUUUUUUCCUCCUUUUCCUCUGUUGCUGCUGAUGCCCUGCACCAGAAUCUAGAUAGUCAAAAACUGCUUCUAUGUCAGCCUUGAACAUUUUCAGGUUGGUAUUCCUUAACUUCUAUAAACGAAUUGCCUGAAUUUUGGAUCUAUUGAACAUUUUCUCAAACCCCUUUUGAGAAUUGAAGUCUAGAAUCCAAGAAUUUUAGGAGAUAUAUGGCUUUGAAUUAUGCGGAUUUAAAGCUAUUAAGGAAGGGUUUGGACUAUACUCGGAGAAAUAGGAACUGGGUUGUUGCUUUAGGAGCUCUUGGUGUCACUGGUUAUGGAGCUUAUAGGGCUUAUUGCUCACCCUCUAUGGUUAGAAAGAGGAAGAGAUUUUUGAAGCUCAUAACUGCUUUUGUUUCUUUAGCUGAGAUGGUGUCUGAUUCUGCUGAUGUAAUUGGGAUUGUUUCGAAAGAUCUGAAGGAAUAUAUUUCCUCAGAGUCUGAUCAAAUCCCCAGAAGUUUGAAACAGAUUUCUAAGAUUGCUAAAUCAGAUGAUUUUUCACAAUCUAUUGUUAAGGUCACAAGUGCGUUGACUGUGGGAGUUGUGAGAGGCUACCAGCAAGAAACUGCGGAAAAUUGUGUUUAUGGGGCUGCAAAUUCUGGUCUUUUUGACCAAGUUUUAGAUAAACUGUUCACUGAUGCAGGGUCUGGUUUUGCUUCUGUAAUUGUUGGGAGCUUCGCAAGGAAUUUGGUUCUUGCUUUUUGUUCGGACAAAAAGGGCAAUGCUACUGAUUCUGAUAUUGAAUACUCUGUUCCAGGAUGGGUUGAUGUUCUAUGCCAGGACAAGUACAGAGAACUGAUAGGGAAUUGUAUACAAUUGUUUGUGAGCACUGCAGUAGCUGUUUAUCUCGACAGAACGAUGAACAUCAACACCUACAAUGAAAUCUUUUCUGGGUUGACUAAUCCCAAGCAUGAAGCCAAAAUGAGAGAUAUGCUAGUUGCCAUAUGUAGUGGUGCCAUUGGAACUCUUGUCAAAACUUCUCAUCAAGUUUUGGCAAGUAGUGAUAUGGAUAUGGAUACAACUUCGAAAAGAUAUUCUUCUUUGCCACUUAGUUUCAAAGCCAAGAAAUUUUUGGAUGAAGAUGAGAAGAACAUGUACACCGGGUGGAGAAAUAAAGUCUCUUAUACUUUGGCAGUGCCAAGAAAUAAGAGGUUUAUUCUUGAUUUGACUGGGAGGGUCACCUUUGAGAGUGUUAGAUCUUUCUUGGAGUUUCUUCUGGAAAAGUUAUGUGAGUGUUUGAGAAAAAGUAUAAAUGUUGUCCAGGAGGAAGUUGAGACUUUGAAAAGAAGUGUAGAUUUUAUACAAGAGGAGGUGGUUGAUAAGAGUGCUGAAGCUUGCAGGUACGUGAGUGUGAAAUCAUCUACUGCUGUUAGUAUAUGCCUUUCUUUGUGCUUGCACAUACUUAAUGGUCCUUGGAUCUUGGUUCCAAAUUAGAAGUUUCCAAUAGAAUCUUGGGAAGGUAACAUUUUAUUCGUUUAGCUUCCUAGAGCAUUACAUUCUUUUCCCAAGGGAAUCUUGGAUAGUAAGACUGUAUAUGAUUGGUCUGUCUUGUUGAUUGAUUGUAUUUCAAUUCAAGUUUGUCAAAGUGAAUGUAAUUAUGGCCGUAA